GCAGCUGACUAACAUUAUCUUCAGUUUUAUCUCCAGUUUUUUAUGUCUGAAGAACUUCUUUAAAAUGAACUGCACGGUGACCGGGCCUCUAAUUGACACAAGCUUUUAUUUGUCAAAAUGUGUUGCCACACCCGGCUUGUAAAAGGGACUGGGCAGCUAAUCAGGAUUAGGCUUUUAGUUUAGAAGUUUUAUGGUAUAGGUCAUGCAGGUCCUGACCUCUACAAAGGUCAUGUUUUUUUCUCAGAUUCAUCUCUUAACAUGUUUACAGCUUAUUUUUUUCUUCUGACCAUUUUGUUCCCCCCAGUAGAAAUAUUGUCACAGAGCCGCAGCAGCGUGAGUGAGGAGAAACGUGAGGAGUUGGAUGAUAAUCCACGGACAGAGAUGAUGGACUCUGACGUGUCUCUGCUGCUGCACUGUGCAGCCUGGAGGGGACUGCUGGAGGCUCAGGUUCAAGUGGAGCUCUCUGAAAGAUUCAACAGGCAGACAGAUCCAGCUCUGGAGCGUCACAUACAGGAGCUGUGGACGGAGCGGGUGUCCAAGGAGCCGUGGCUUUUCAACGGGUCCAAAUUCAGACUGCACUCUUUCUGCUUGGCCUCCUCAUCACCUCGACACCUACCCUGCACUCAUCCAGCCCGCGUCUCCUCCUCAGACCCUGCAGAGGAGCAGGAGGAGGAAUUACAACACAGGAAACAAAGGAUGGAGGAGAAUCUGUGCAGAAACAGACCUGCGACUCAGACAGAAAACGCAGAUAGCGUCAGUCAAACUUCCUCCACUUGCAUGAAAUCUCAGAGCAUCACAGCUGAACUUCCUUCCAAAAACACAGAAGAUAAAGAGCCGCUCCUCACUCUGAGACUGGGCCUCACAUGCUACAAAGAUUACCUCGGGACAAACUGGUCGUGUCGAGCGGCAGAGCUUCGUCAGCGCGGAGAGGCUGACCUUGGUGACCCCCUGGCGCUGCUGUCUCAGCCUCUGGGUGUGGGCGGCGUCCUGUGCACAAACGACGGUCAGGUGGUGUUGAUCAGGAGGAGCCAGAGGGUGGCAGAGGCAGGGGGACUCCUGGACAUCCCCGGUGGACACCCAGAGCCAAAGGUGGUGUGUGAGCGUCUGGGCCGGGCGGUGUGUGAGGAGCAGAUCAGUGUGGACAUGAUGCAGCAGGGGCUCGUCGUCUCAGAGCUGUUCUCAUCGGUGUGCGCCGAGAUCAGAGACGAGGUGAAUAUUCCUCUGAGCUCCCUCGGAGAGCCGGUCCUGAUGGGUGUCGCUCUGAAUCACACCAGCGCCGGCAGACCGAGUGCUGAGUUUUACGUCAGCUGCUCGCUGACUUCUGAUGAAGUCAGAAAAUUGUACUGGAAAGGAGGAGCAGAGGCCCAUGAGUCUACAGAUAUUGUCUUCCUCAGCAGACCUGAGUUGCUGCAGCUGGACGGGAGCAGCCCUCUGUGGUCGGAGCUAUGUCCAUCAGCUAAAGGAGCCGUGCUGCUUUAUCAGACAGUGAAGCCUGACGGAGAGCGAACACGCGACGCUCAGCUGAUCGCAUCGGAAAAUGGGUCCAGAUGAAAGAGCUUUUAAAGGAUUUAUUACUCUUUGACUGUAAGCACUCUCUGACCAAUACUGGUGCUAAAACUGUGCAAAAUACUGUAUUUCUUUUUCUUACUGCACAAAAAGUUUUCAUCAUUUGUACACUGUACAAUAACAACAUGAUUAAAAUUUAAAAAUAUUUUUUGAAUAAAAAUCCUAAAAAGUGACGUGGUUAAAAAAAAUGUAAAAACUAC